UUGUCGUCUGCUUUCCGAUUGUGCUUGACACUCACGAGACCUAACCUACUCCUGCGUGCUCAAAGGACUACAUAUAUAUAAAUAUAUAUAUAUAUAGAUAUAUAUAGCUUUUAUACUGUCCUCUAGGUUAGGAAUUAGGAUUUAGGAUGAGAUUUUUGUUUUAAAAACGUUUUCUCACUAGUCCAAAUAGAUGAAGCGUGAGAAUAGAGAAUUACUAGGUACUCGAGACGUAUAUAUAGGAAAUCGCAACGCAAUUACGUCAUAAAAACUGUUAGAUGCAGUAUGAGGAAAUUCUUGGCUUUUGUAUUUGCUACAUUUCGGAACUAUUCAGGUGUUCACAUAACCUUGAAAUUUCAUUGACACCCCUUUCGGCGGGAAUCUCGAAAGAUUUUGUAUUCUCGCUCAGUCUGUAAAAAUGUCUCAAAACAUUUUGAAAAGCAGCUUGGAAAAUGCUUCCUUCAAUAUUAUAUUUCAGAUACUAUGUCGAGGUGUUACAUUUGUUUUGAAUGCAUUUGUUGUUCGACAUGUUGGUCAAGCAGUUUUGGGUGUUAUAAAUGUAAGGCUCCUGUUAUUGGAGUCAAUGAUCUUGUUCUUAUCUCGAGAACCAUUUAUGAAAGCAUGCUUAACUAAUACAGCAGAACAUAAUUGGGCACAAGUUGUUAAUCUAUUAUGGAUGACGGUUCCUAUAUGUUGUGUAAUGUCUACGAUAUUUGGAUACAUAUGGCUCUACGUUUUAUCAACAUCCGAAGAAUUACCAGCUUAUUAUAUGUUUGCAGUUUGGGCAGUUGCUCUGUCAUGUAUUAUUGAAUUAUCAUCAUUAAUUGUUCAAUUGGUUGCUAGCGCAUUUUUAUUUGUUAAAUUGAAAAUUGUUCUUGACACUAUCAUGAUUGCUAUUCGUACUUUAACAUUUGUUCCAUUAAUACUUUACAAUCCAGAUAAUGCAUUAUUUGCGUUUGGAGUAGCUCAAUUAGUUGCAGCAAUCUUUUAUACUACUAGUCACUAUGGAUAUUUCCAUUACUACAUCAAAAAUAUUAAUAAACAUAAGUUAAAGCGUCGAAUGUCAUUGAAAGACAGUAAGGAUGAGUAUGUUGUAAGAGACUUUCCAUUUAAAACGGUAAUGGAUUUCCUACCUGGACAGUUGGAAAAUAAAGAAUCAUGUUUAGAUAAAAAGUUAUCUAUUCUUACAUGGAGCUUCUUUAGACAAGGAAUUCUAAAACAAAUUCUGACAGAGGGAGAAAGAUUAAUUAUGACAGUGAUGCCAGUAUUAACGUUUACUGAACAAGGAACAUACGAAAUUGUGAAUAAUUUAGGUUCUUUAGCGGCAAGAUUCAUUUUCCGUCCAAUAGAAGAAAGUGGGUAUUUUUAUUUUACCCAAAUGAUUAAACGAGAUAAACCAAUCAAUGAUCAAAAUCCUGUAAAAAUUCAAGAAAGUGUAAAUGUUCUCACACAUUUAUGUUCAGCUGUUACUUCUAUUGGUCUAGUUGUACUAGUAUUUGGUCAAUCAUAUUCAAGUACUCUACUAUGGUUAUAUGGUGGUGCAAAAUUAACUUCUCAUCUACCUACACUUUUGAUGAGGGCACAUUGUUUAGCCGUUUUACUAUUGGGCAUAAAUGGUGCCACAGAAUGUUACACAAAUGCUACAGCUGACAGUGCUACUAUAAACAAGAGCAACUUAAUUAUGAUCUACGAAUCGAUUGCGUUUUUGGUCGCAUCAUAUUUGUUUGCAAUAUGGUUUGGACCAGUUGGUUUUAUUCUCGGAAAUUGUGUGAACAUGAGCUUAAGAAUUUUGCAUUCUACUGUCUUCAUUAAUAGAAGAUACAAAGACACGGCAUACCGUCCGUUACAUGGAUUAGUGCCAAAGCCUAUGUUUUCUGCUUCUCUUUUUAUAGCAGCUUUAAUCACCAAUCUGUCUCAUGCUUACUUUUUCCCCGGUGAGAAAGUUCUACACCUAAUUACUGGAGUGAUUAUGUUUAUAAUUGUAUUAAUAUCAUGGAUUUACGAGCAUCAUGACCUAAUCAGGCUUAGUACAAAUAAAUGGUACGAAAGAAGAAAUAGACAUAAGAAGAGUGACUGACCUUAA